AUGCCCGCCGCUAUCGUCAACCGAGGCGCCAACCUCCCAACUACCUUGGAGGCUUGCCAUCAGCGCAUCGCUCAGCUCGAGGAGACCAAUUAUAUUCAGUUCGUCACGCUUGAAAACACGCACGGUGACCUUGAAGAGGCUCGUCACUCGAUCCACCUAUGCCGGCGCCGCUAUCAGUACAAUACCCAGCACCAAGAUAUUCAGUGCUGCGAGGAGGGACACGAAUCGAAUAGCGGCCCCCGCAGGAACUCAGGAGGGAAGAGGUUUCGCAAGCCCGACGGGGGAUUCAACGAGCCCGAGCAUCUGCCCAAAUGUACGUCCUCAUCCCUUCGACCUUCGGACGCAAGGGACGACCGUGACAGGCGGCCAGUCUCCAACCCGCCGGAGGAUCGACGACUUUGGACGCCGGGACGACAGGAGUCUUCUGCGCCUGAGCAACGCUCCGCUGAUAAGCCUCAGGAUCGUCUGACCCCCGAAAACGCGGACUCAGCGCAUCGCUUCUAUGGGCUCUAA